CGAGUCAGUUCUAUGCUUCAGGCUGAUGAUCAGAAAGUUUUAGCAAAAUAUGCCAAGUCGUUACAAAAACAACAGGUUCCACAGCGGAAAACGAUACAGAAACAAGUUGAAAUGUUUGCACAUUUAUAUCAGUAUGCUCCUGAUACUUUAACCCAUAAUAUUAGCUUUUCAACAUCUGUUAUACAUCCUGCAAUCAUUAAAUUGGGUUUACAAUACGCCGAAGGAAUUAUUUGUGGCUCUAACGCACGCUGUGUAGCAUUAUUAGCUGCCUUGAAGAAGGUUAUACAUGACUAUCAGGUUCCAUCGCAAAAGGUUUUAUCACGCGAUCUUGAGCAAAAGUUAAAACCUUGUAUUACGUUUUUGCAACAAUGUAGACCCUUGUCAGUAAGUAUGGGAUCUGCAAUUAAACACAUCAAGUUGCAAAUAAGUGAGAUAUCUCCAGAUGUAUCAGAAAAAGAGGCAAAGGACAGGCUCUGUAACAGUAUUGAUAGAUUUUAUAAUGAGAGGAUCAAAUAUGCUGACGAAUCGAUUUCAAAGACUUAUGCCUCGACUAAGAUUAAUGACAAUGAAGUCAUUUUGGUUUAUUCAUUCUCGUCAUUGGUACUAAAGAUAUUAACCGAUGCGCAUGAAAAGAAGAAAAAAUUUCGCGUGAUAGUUGUUGACAGUCGCCCAAAGCUUGAAGGUCGUGAACUUGUUAACCGCUUAGUUAAGAUUGGCAUUCGUUGUUCCUAUGUAUUGAUCAAUGCAGUUUCUUACGUAAUGAAAGAGGUUACGAUGAUUUUACUGGGCGCUCAUGCAUUGCUAGCUAAUGGAUAUGUAAUGUCCCGAGUCGGAACUGCUCUAGUUGCUUCAGUAGCCCAUUCGUAUAAUGUCCCUGUUCUCGUGUGCUGUGAAACGUACAAAUUUCAUGAACGUGUACAGACUGAUGCAUUCGUUUUUAACGAGCUAGGUGAUCCCGAUGUUAUGAUCGAUCUUGGGAACAGAAAAGAAGGCAGAGUAUUGGAUGAAUGGCGAAGUAUUGAUUCUCUUCGUAUCCUAAAUCUAUUAUACGAUGUUACACCUCCCGAUUUCAUUACUAUGGUCAUAACGGAAGUUGGCAUGGUACCUUGUACAUCCGUACCGGUUCUUCUGCGCGUAAAGCAUUAUAAUUAA